AUGUCCACAUCCGACAUUCGCUCCCCAACUUCGAUCCAUCCUGCUCUUACUAAGCCCAAUGAUCCCCCACAACCUUCUCAGUUCGUAUUUGAUGAAGCUGUUACUCCUUCAGCUACGGCUCAAUCCUUUUUGGGUUUCAAUGCCUUGAACUCAAAACUUAAUCUUGGAGAAAAUCUCCGACGCGAACAGGGCGCACAGUUCGGUUCUCUGAGUGCCAUCGAAACCAACUUCCCAGAUAAUGAUAUUUCCGAAUCAUCGACUGACCCAUCCACAACUUUUUCCGCUGCAACAACUAUAGGAAGUGACUCGGCUUCUGUUCCGUCAUCACCGGUAUUUCCUACACGGGCUUCCCGAACUUUCCAUAAUCAUUGCAAGAACGCUCUAUCCGUCGACGCUGUACCUCGCCAGACUAUUAUGAAAGCACUGGCAUCGUCGAAACAGCACAAUCCACAAAACCUUUCUUUAGCAAACAUGAAGUCACCAUCUACUGAGAGACCGGGGACUGCCUCAUCGCAAAAACUCAAUGCAGCAAUAUCGGAUUUGGCACAGCGAAACACUCCGCUUACAGCUCGAUUUCCCUCAAUACAAUCACCAUGCUUUUACCAUCAACGAUUCGAUGACGCUGUCAAUAUCGAUAAGGUGCUUGAAGAGAUCAACGGAGACGAAUCAAUGUCACAUUCUCGACUCAUGGCAACGGCUACUGGCGUGCGAGAAGUUUCUAAGCAAUUGCAAAGACGUCCUAUCAAGAGAGCUGUCCGCAAUGUUAUGAUUGUUACAAAGGCUAGAGAUAAUCAGUUGGUCAAUUUGACCAAGGAUUUAGCCCUUUGGCUCAUGAGCACUCCACGAUAUGGCUCAGACCUGGGUGUUAAUGUUUAUGUCGAUGCGAAGUUGCGCAACUCGAAGCGUUUUGGAGCAGCAGCUUUGAUUGAAUCACAACCUCGAUUCCAACAUCUUCUGAAAUAUUGGUCACCAGAUCUUUGCUGGAGUCAACCGGAGAAAUUUGACCUCGUUCUCACUUUGGGCGGGGACGGUACUGUCCUAUUUACUUCGUGGCUCUUCCAACGUGUUGUGCCACCAAUUCUAUCCUUCAGUCUCGGUAGUCUUGGCUUUUUGACUGGAUUUGAAUAUGAUCGCUUCAAGGAACACUUGAACAAAGUUAUGGGAGAGGAAGGUAUGCGAGUUAACCUUCGUAUGCGCUUCACAUGUACAAUAUACCGAGAUGGAAAAGAACAAGGUCACGAUGCGGUAGAAGGCGAACAAUUUGAGGUCCUUAACGAACUCGUCAUUGAUCGAGGACCAUCUUCUUACAUCUCUAACCUCGAGUUAUAUGGUGACAACGAGCUUUUGACUGUUGUCCAAGCUGAUGGAUGUAUUUUCUCGACUCCCACUGGCUCAACCGCAUACUCAUUAUCUGCUGGUGGCUCACUUGUUCACCCAGAUAUCCCUGCCAUCCUCCUCACACCAAUCUGCCCUCAUACUCUUUCAUUCCGCCCAAUGAUUCUCUCGGAUACACUCUUACUCCGAGUAUCCAUUCCACGCAAUUCUAGAGCCACGGCUUAUUGUUCAUUCGACGGAAAGGGACGCGUUGAGUUGAAGCAAGGUGAUCACGUCACUAUUGCCGCUUCUCAAUACCCAUUCCCCACCGUGGUUAGCUCUCCGUCAGAGUGGUUCGACAGUGUAUCCAGAACUCUAAGAUGGAAUACUCGUGGUGCUAUGCAAAAGGCAUGGGAUGGUACCGAGGAAAAUCAAGAACAAGAAGCUGAAUGGGAUAUCGAUACUGAUUCAGCCUGCUAUGGUAGUGAAGAUAGUAGUCUCAGCGCCAGUCCCUUGAGACGACAAAUGAGCAUGCUUGGCAUGUAA